UUAUUCUCAUGGACAACAUCAUUAAGGGAUGGUUUUCUGAAAUCAAUGAAUUCUGGCCAGGCCAGGCUCUCUCUAUCGAACUAGAUGGGCCCGUCUUGUACCACGAGAAGUCCGAUUUUCAGGAUAUCCUCAUUUUCAAAAGUAAGGCCUUCGGCAAUGUUUUGGUGUUAGACGGUGCUAUUCAGAUCACCGAAAAGGAUGAGAUCGCGUACCAAGAACAAAUAGCGCACAUCCCUCUCUUUACUCAUCCAAACCCAAAAAAAGUAUUGGUUGUGGGUGGCGGUGACGGCGGCGUUAUUCGAGAAGUGGCCAAACAUGAUUGCGUCGAAGAGAUUCAUUUGUGCGAAAUAGACCAAAAGGUCAUUGAGGCGUCUAAAAAAUUCCUUCCUAAGAUUGCCGUUGGCUUCAACGAUCCCCGCGUUCGAGUCCACAUCGAAGAUGGUGCCGAAUUUGUCAAAAAGUACAAAAACGAAUUCGACGUGGUCAUCACGGAUUCAUCGGAUCCAUCUGGACCAGCGAGCCAGCUUUUCGGAGAAGAAUACUUCAAAGUUGUUAAAGAGGCGCUUACAGAUAACGGUGUCCUCAUUACUCAGGCCGAAUGCAUCUGGCUGCACGUAGAUUUGAUUGUGUCGAUGAAGAAGUUCAUAUCCAAAAUUUUCCCCUCCGUGACCUACGCGACCUCCCAGAUACCUACUUAUCCAAAUGGUUCUUUGGGCUUUUUUUUGGCUACGAAAAACGGCACAGUUUUUCCCACUGAACCAGUGCGAGAGGUGACGGCGGAAUUUCAGGCGAAGCUCAACUACUACACGCCAAAGAUGCACAAUGCGGCAUUCACCCUGCCAGCGUUUGCUGAGCGCAUCUUGAACUUUUAGUCGUGCGCAAGUGGCUCGAUUGACAUCGUUGUCGCAAAGCCGUUAAGUACAGAGGGGUUUGUGUACUUAUUGUGCAUACUAAAACGUACAUUUGUUUUAA